AUGCUUGUAUUUAUUAUUUCAAGUUCUUGCUGCCACUCAAACUCCAGGGAGGCAGGUAAAAAAUGGUUUCAGGGUACUGCUGAUGCCGUGAGGCAGUUCCACUGGCUCUUUGAGGAUCCUAGAAGCAAGGAUAUUGAGGAUGUUCUGAUUCUUUCUGGGGAUCAUCUCUACCAAAUGGACUAUGUGGACUUUGUUCAAUCCAACAUGAGAAUAUUGGUUACUGGAGGAGCUAGAUUUAUUGGGUCUCACCUGGUUGACAGAUUGAUGGAAAAUGAAAAAAUGAGGAUGCCGUGGUCUCUCGAAAUUGACUGUCUACUUUGUUUCUCUCUGAAGAGUGAGAAGAAUCUACUUGCAAUGAGGGGAAGAGUUUUGGUACGGGAUCUCAGAUUAAUGACAAGGGACAUAAGGAUGAGGUGUGCAUUUUUGUUGUUUUUAUUAUUCUAAAUGCAAUGGUUGUUCUAUGACAGUUCUUACAUGUUUAAGGGAUUAUGGAAUAAGGAAUAUAUAUUGGCAUGUAGUUUAUUUUUCAUACAAUAGGAAAUGCUUCAAGAUA